AUGGGUAACGGGCGUAAGGGCAACAAAGCAAAGAAGGGUGUUGACAUGGCUCAGGAGACAGACGUACCUGCCUUACCUCUGAAGGAGACUGCUGCUACCGGAAAGCCUCCAUUGUGUCCCGCUCCAUCGACAUUGGCAGGUCCCUUCGAAGCCUUCCAGGAGCAUGCUGAUGAUGACGCGCAAUCAACGGGGACCCCUGCGGAUGACGACGACGACGGUUACCUGAGUGACGACAGCGAUGAUCACCUGGAACCAGACUCUCUUAACAGCAUUAUUGCUGUGAAGCGCUUCUCACUAACCCUGUUGGUGCCGAUUGCCAGGAAAGCGGAGGUUAAGCGCGCGGCUUUCACAAUUGCUGCCAUGCUGGAUGAAUGGAAGGAUUUAUUAUCACCAGACGCGCUGCUGACCACAACUUACCAGGACCUCGCUCCGAUGUUUCUCUCUGGAGAGCGCUACGGACGCCUGCAGGUUACAUUCAAUCACGUCAAGGACGCGAACUUCGUGUGGAACCAGAUCAUUCGUCACGAAUGCGUCAACGGCGAUUUCGUUGACUUCACCUGGCAGCACCCAGAGGACGCGCGUUUCCAGCGUGGGCGCGAACUGAACCCCACGGCGAAGGAGAUCAUAAUCAAAGGCGUACCUGCAGAAACGUCGGCAGAACUGAUCCGUCGUCUGCUGGUGGUGUCAAAGCUGGUGAAGCGUGGCAGGAGCACGUUUGCCAGUGGUUUCGGUUUUCACCGGACAGUCGACCCUGUGUCAGGCUUGGACACGGAUCGCAUCCGUGGAUUGUUCGUCCCCCAUGCUGACGACGAGUACCGCUGGCGCACCUUUGUGGAAGAUCCCACCACAGGGAAACGGUACCUGCUUCACUACCCGUCGCUGACCUGUGACUUCUGUGGUGGUCAGCACAUGACUCGCUAUCACGACCGCUAUGUCACCCCGAAACAAGACCAUUUCAACAACUGGAAUGUGACGGUUAAGAAGGCAGGAUGCGAGAAGGCGCAGGGGAUCCAUUUCGAGCAGGCUUCGUCUCACAUUGUAUCCGCUCGUCACAAGGAGGGUUUGCGGAAGGAGAGUUCAGCAACACGUGUCGGCACGUUCCCUCAGAAGAUGAUAUCCUUCAAGAAGGAGCUCCUGGCGGUGGUCGUUCGCUGGGGUGGCCUGGAGUUCCUGCUGAUAGCAGCAUACAUCCCGGCUCAGGCGGUGAACAGGAGUAGUUUCUACAGAGACAGCCUGGAGCCGUUUCUGCAAUCCCUGCCGGUGCUCCACCACAUUCUGGUGAUGGGUGACCUCAAUGUGGUCGAGGAUCCGGACCUGGAUCGCACCUCACAGGCUGGCUCCUCGGCAGAGAAUCACCGCCUCUUGAGCUGCUGGAGGAAUACGGACCUGCGGGAUGCUUUCAGACAUAUCCACCCGGACAAAAGGGAAUACACCUUCUUUGCAAGAGCAACGAGAUACCCGCACUGCCAACGAACGGGGAGGACUCUACUUCGGAAAGAGGAGCUGCUGGAGGCAUAUGAGAGGAGCCAUAAAGAACAGCUGCAGUUAUGGGCAGGCAUCGAAGCGGAGAUGGACGGGGAGGUGGCGUCGGGCACUCUAUCGGCGCAAAUCAAGACUCGCAAGGCAAAAACAACAAUUCGGGAGGUAGCGCGGAACGGGAGCCUGUUCUCGGGGGUGAAGGAGGUUCUCUCGGCGGCGACAUCUCACUUUCGUGAUGCCUUUGGGUGUGUCAGCAGCAGCGCGGUACCUGCCACGGAAGAUCAUCCCAUGCAACGGCGAUUGGGGGAAGCAAGUAGAAGAGCGCUGAGUGCACCCUGGACGGAGGACGAGGUUCGGAAAGCAAUACGGGAACUUGCCCCAAGGAAAUCACCGGGCGCUGACGGGCUGCCUAAAGAGCUCUUCGAUUACAACUGGGGGCUGCUGGGACCAGUGCUGAUGGACCUGGUGAGGAGUUUCACGGGCGGAGAGGCGUUGCCGCACACGGUCUCAACAGCUGUGACCAUCCUGCUGCAUAAGAAGGGGGAUAAAGGCGACCUGGGGAACUAUCGGCCGAUAACGCUCCUUAGUACGGUUUGCAAAAUCAUAGCAAAGGUGAUGGCGAGCCGGCUCAAAGUGGUGUUGCACGAGGUCAUCUCGGAGGACCAAUACGGGUUCCUACCUGGUAGGCAGCUGGCGGACGCGGUGUCGGUGGUCGCGGAUGCCAUAGAAGCAGGAGCGAAUGGGAAAGAGGACUGGUACCUGAUGAUGAUUGAUUUUCAAAAGGCUUUUGACUCAAUCUCGCGGGACUACCUCUUUGACACGUUGCGGGAGCUGGGUUUGCCAGAGGUUUUCGUAUCCUGGACAGAGGGGCUGCACAAAGACGCGGGGACGUGCCUGCACAUCAAUGGCUGGACAGGAGACAGGGUGGCGGUGGAGAAGGGAGUGCGCCAAGGCUGCCCGCUGGCGCCGUACCUCUUCCUCUGUGCAGUAGAGCCGCCGUGCCAAGAGUUUAAUCGGAAAAAGCUGGGAAUCGGGAAGCGAGGUGUGGGCACGCUAGCAUACCUGGGUUACGCUGAUGAUACAUCACUGUUACUGCGCGGAGCAGAGCAGCUGGAAGCAGCGGCGGAUGUUCUGACAGUCUUCGGAAGAGAGUCAGGGCUGGUGGUGAACGAGGGAAAAACGGUAGUCUUCCCGCUGGGGAAAAACCGUGGGAAGCCGCCACCGCACAACCUGCGUUACAAAUGGGCGGACAAGGAGGAGCCGGAGCGACUGUUGGGGAUCUGGAUCACGCCGAAUGGUGACCCAACUCCAUCCUGA